AUGGCGGGGAUUGGCCACGCGCCGACCAUCCCAUGGCCCUCCCUGAGGGAUAAGAUCGCCUCCCCACAACCCCGCGCCUGCAUCGACGCUGACGACCCCUUCUUCAACCUGGGACCUCCAUCGUUGCUGCCGUCGAAUUCCGGCCACACAGAGCCUCCCACGAGCACGCGGUGCGCACCUGUAGGCCCGCUGUGA